AUGGAGACCAGCCCAGAGAGCCCCAACCGGGCAGUGGAGUACCUCCUGGAGCUCAACAACAUCAUUGAGAGCCAGGCCAAGCUCCUGGAGACCCAGCGCCGGCGCAUCGAGGAGCUGGAGGGCCAGCUGGACCGGGUCAGCCAGGAGAACCAGGACCUGAGGCAGGAACGCAGCCCAAGGACCCCUGGCUCGGAGACACCUGAGCAGAACCACAACCACAGCCAGCCUCUGUCCCUCCCUAUACAUCACGGCAGCGGUGGUGGCGGCAACAGCGGGAACGGUAGCCCCUCCACAGGUCAGACGACAGCUGGAGCACCCACAACUCCAGCACCCAGCAGGGAGAGGAGGACCCACACCAGGCUGACCCGAGGUCUCUCCUGCAGCUCCUCUACCACCGAUCGAGACCGGCUUGAACGCACUGACAGCACAGACACCAACGCCAGCUCCACUAUUCGCAGAAAUGUGGAAGGGGAAUCCCAGUGUCCAGAAGCGGGCACCCACAAAGACAGCUCUUUCAGCCAGGCGCCCUACCUGCGUGGCUCAGAGCGCUACAGUGACACCAGCAGCAGUGCUCCCUCUGGCUCCAGGGGCCCUUCAUGCGUGGCUACCCCCAAUUCAGCCAGCUUGGCUUGGGCACUGCGAACACGCCACCAACCUGCCAGUCUGGCCCUCCGUAAGCAAGAAGAAGAAGAGAAUAAGAGAUGCAAGGCCCUCUCGGACAGCUAUGAACUCUCAACAGAUCUGCAGGAUAAGAAGGUGGAGAUGCUUGAGAGGAAGUAUGGUGGCUCCUUUGUAAGUCGCAGAGCAGCGAGGACUAUUCAGACGGCCUUCAGACAGUAUCGCAUGAAUAAGAACUUUGAGCGCCUCAGAAGCUCGGCUUCAGAGAGUCGCAUGACACGACGCAUCAUCCUAUCUAAUAUGAGACUGCAGUAUUCCUUUGAUGAGCGACAGCCUCAGCAGCAGGCCCAGACACAGACGAACUUCACCCACAGUGUGGCCAUAGGGCCUCCUCAUUCCCCAGACACAGACCGCCCAGGAGACUACACCCACCUAGAGGACUCCUUCUCCAAACAGGUCAAGUCCUUAGCUGAUUCCAUAGACGAUGCCCUUACCUGCCGCGCGGGUCGCGAUGACUCCCAGGAGGGCAGCAGGGAGGGAGGAGGGAUAAGCGAAGACUUUGGGGAAUGCGUGUGGAGCAGCAGCAGCAACCCCUCCUCUCAAAGAGGUUUGGGAGAAAGAGCCAGGGGAGCUGGAGGAGGACUCAGCAUGCAUGGCGACAGUACGGCAACCUCAUAUAGUGACGUGACACUUUACAUGGAUGAUGGCAUGCCAUCCUCCCCUUUGUCCCUGGACCGGGCACCCAGCAGCACAGAUACAGAGUAUUGGGGCCCCGGUGGUGGUGUUGGAGGGCGUGAGGACAGCAGGGACACUGAGGGAGGGGGCAGCAGUAACAGUCGGCGCAGCACCCCGUGUACUGAGUGCAGGGACUAUCGUCUAAGAGGCGCACAUCUGCCUCUCCUCACUAUUGAGCCGCCAAGUGAUAGCUCAGUGGAUAUGAGUGAUCGUUCAGACCGGGGCUCUCUAACAAGACAGCUGGUCUAUGAGCAGGAGCCUGGGGUAGGGGCUGGCUCCCCUCAGGGAACCCUCAAACAUUCCCCCAACACAGGCACCCGCACCUCCUCCACGGCAGCUGCCCAGGGUCAGAUUCGGGCCCCUGGCAGACCCAUACCCACACACAUCCCUCACCAAGUGGCGGCACACCACCACCAUCACCACCACCCGAUCCACCACCAUCAGUACCCUGACACACCUUCAUCUUCUUCAUCCCCCCAGCAGCCUCCCACCACGCCUCUGUCCUCCUCCUCCUCUACAGCUCUGCCCUCCGGUGGUCUGGAGCAGCCGUGCUGCUCAGACGGAGACAACGACUCACUCAACUCAACCACCAACUCCAAUGAGACAGUCAACUGCAGCUCCGGCUCCUCAUCUCAGGACAGCCUACGGGAGCCUCUGCCUCCUCUGGGCAAGCAGACCUACCAGAGAGAAAGCCGCCAUAGCUGGGAUUCUCCACCUUUCAACAGUGAUGUGGUGCAGAGACGCCAGUACCGCAUAGGUCUCAACCUCUUCAACAAGAAGCCAGAGAAAGGGAUCCAGUACCUGAUAGAGAGAGGCUUUGUGUCAGACACUCCUGUCGGGAUUGCUCGUUUCAUCCUGGAGAGGAAGGGUCUGAGCAGGCAGAUGAUUGGAGAAUUUCUUGGAAACCGACAGAAACAAUUCAACAAAGAUGUCCUAGACUGUGUCGUGGAUGAGAUGGACUUUUCGGGUAUGGACCUGGAUGAUGCUCUGAGGAAGUUCCAGGCUCAGAUAAAAGUUCAAGGAGAAGCCCAAAAAGUGGAGAGGCUCAUAGAGGCUUUCAGUCAGAGAUACUGUGUGUGUAAUCCAACGCUGGUUCGGCAGUUCCAAAACCCCGACACCAUCUUCAUCUUGGCCUUUGCCAUAAUCCUCCUCAACACAGAUAUGUACAGUCCCAAUGUCAAAGCCGAGAGGAAGAUGAAACUAGAGGAUUUCAUCAAGAAUCUGAGAGGCGUAGACAAUGGCCAGGAUAUACCCAGGGACCUGCUAGUUGGGAUCUAUCAACGGAUACAGAAAUGGGAGCUACGAACCAAUGAUGACCAUGUGUCCCAAGUGCAGGCAGUGGAAAGGGUCAUUGUGGGCAAGAAGCCUGUGCUGUCCCUUCCCCAUCGUAGGCUGGUGUGUUGCUGCCAGCUCUAUGAGGUGCCUGAUCCCAACAGACCUCAGAGGACAGGAGUGCAUCAACGAGAGGUCUUCCUCUUUAAUGACCUUCUGGUGGUGACCAAAAUCUUCCAGAAGAAGAAAACCUCAGUGACUUAUAGUUUCAGACAAUCUUUUCCUUUGGUUGAGAUGCAAGUGCACCUUUUCCAGAACUCAUACUACGCUCAUGGUAUCCGCUUGACCUCAGCAGUCCUGGGUGGGGAGAGGAAGGUUCUUAUCGUCUUUAUGGCACCCAGUCAGCAAGACCGCACCCGCUUUGUAAGCGACCUCAGGGAGAGUAUUGCUGAAGUGCAAGAGAUGGAGAAGUAUAGAGUUGAAUCGGAGUUGGAGAAACAGAAAGGUGUGAUGCGGCCCAGCUUGCUCACUGGAGGUGUGGUUGGAGGAGGUGUAGGUGUGAAGGGUGAUGUUGUGAAUGGCACCAUGGGAAGGACAAGUUUUGAUGACAACUGCUCAGUGGGUGAGGGUCUCAAACGCACUGCGCUCAGCUCAUCUCUCAGGGACCUAUCGGAUACAGGGAAACGUGGUCGCAGGAACAGUGUUGGUUCUCUGGACAGUACCAUGGAAGGCUCCAUCAUUAGCAGCCCACAGCCCCACCAGCGCUAUCAAGUGCCAGGUGUGGUCCCUGGCUGCUAUGGAACAGAAGACUUCCGGCCUCACCGCCCCAUCCUGAGCCCCGGAACGGGGGUGGGGGGUGGGCCGGGGCAGCAACAUACCACUGCUGGGACAGGAGUUGGGGGAGUCUCCAGCAGUGUAGAGAGAGCAGGAGCGGGGAGCGGUCCUGGGGGGAGCAGCAGCAACAACAGCGGCUCCUUCCUGGGUUCCCUAUUCGGCAGCAAACGCGCCAAACCACCUGGGCCUCUUAUUCCACCGGGGCCACCGUACCCCGCACCUGUCCCCCCACCGACUACGGGAGGGCCCCCUCCUCACUCCCCUUCAUCUCUGUGCCAGCUGGAGGGGGGACCCUCCAAGAUCCAGGCGCUGCACGCACAGUACUGUCACGCAGCCACCGUGCAGCCCCCACCACCUUACUACCAUCACCAUCGUUACCACAUCCAAAGUGUCCCUCCUUUGCAAGGUGUGCCCCCUCAUACUAUACAGAGAGGCCCACUACCCUGUCGUCCACCACUUGGGCCCCCUCUCGCCCAGCACCCUCAGCUGGCCCAUCUCUCCCAGCUCUCCCAGCAUGGGCUUCCGGGUCGUUAUGCCAACAUGGUGGUGGGAUGUCCCCCCCCCCUUUCUCCUCUCUCCCAACAUUCCCAGAACCCACAGUUCGCCCUUUACCACGCGCAGCCCACACACUCUAUCAGAGUAGGCGGCGGCCCUGGUACCAAACUCCCACUAACCUUAUCUCACUCCCACCCGCACCCCCACGCACACUCCCAAACCCACCCCGGACACGUGCAUACGCCACACCCAGCCAGCCACUCUACCCAUCAAACACACUUUAUAUUCGGCACACUGCCCCACAAUCUACCAUCCGCCUCCGUCAAUGCGCAUCAUACAGCCUCCGUCGCCCCGUAUCUGCCCCAGUACCCUCCUCUCUCUUCCAUCCCCCCUCCCCCUCCACACUCCCCUUUACCCCCCCCUUCGUCCCCCCUUACCCCUCUUACACCUCUCUCCCCUCACCCCCCCCAGCACCCCGGGCAGCCUCAGCAGGGGCCGCAGGUGACGGGGGCUGGAGCGACAGGUACAGGGGGCAGCUCCAAAUCCAAGCCUAUCAACCGGAUAAGUACCGUGGUGUGAGCAGGAUGUGGGGCCACAGGGGUCACAGGUCAGAUAAUAGAGUGGAGGAGGUUGGCAGAGCUAGGGCUAGGACCAAGUCUGCCAGGACAGAAAGUAACAGCAGCAGCGCUAGUGACAAGAGGAAACGCAGCUUACUCCGUCUCUGUUACUUUCACCUCCGCUUCCCACAUAUGUAGGUGGAGAUAAAAAGCACUGCUGAGUUGAAUAGCAUGUGCACACAUCCUUGAAGCCUGCAAACACAGAAACCCACACAUGCACAGUACAUGAACAAACACUGCACACAUCUCCACACACAAUCAAAAAAGUCUAUAGCCAUAUAAUUUAAGAUUACACUAAAUCUAUAUCUAGAUAUAUUGCCUCAGUUUUAAUUAUUUCAAGUCUAGUUAUAAGUCUGUAUGAGACUAUUUAUAUGUACAGUACCAAGAUGUGAUAAUG